CUCAUUCUUGCAGGGGGAGGUGAAAAAGGUUUGAGUUUCUUCCCUUUUCCUUUCCAAGCACCCUGACCAGCAGCCUAAAGAUCAGCACGUUCUUUAUGGAAUGUGUACAUUUAGAAAAUAUUGGGAUCUACACUUGAAUCUGCAGUACCCUCAACUAAUGUUCAUCUGAAAAAUCCAUGGAUGGUAUUCUUAACGACUGAAAAAUGGAUGAAACUCAGACUACUUGUGCCACUCCUGUUUCAACAAAUAAGGUUUCACUGGCCUGUACUCCAGUGCGCGCAGUCAUCCGAAUACGUAAGAAAAUACGAACUUUAAAGGGUAAAUUGCAACUGGAUGUGACUGGAGGAAGAUCCUUGGAAAAUGCAAAGGCAUGUCAACUUCGGCGGCAGCGCUCUAUGGACAAAGCAUUAUUUAAGACAUCUAUCUAUGAAAAGCCAGAUAUUUUUAAUUUUGAAACUUCCUCAGUGGAGAAAGUUGCAUUAAGCAAUCUGAAACGUAAAAGUAAAAAACGUCGGAAGUCUAGAAAUGUGCUAUAUCCAGGAAAUUCCAAGAAAUACCUUCCAGUAGAGCAGAAGAGCAAAGCUAAACGCUGCCUUAUAUUGCUCAUAGGAAUUAUUUGCUUUCAAAUUCUGAACGCUAUUGAGAAUUUGGACGAUAAUGUUCAAAAGUAUGACUUAGAUGGGCUGGAGAAAACUGUGCAGAGAGAAGUAUUUGGGCAAAAAUACGCUAUUGAAAGGAUAAUGGAACUACUGAAGGAUUACCUUGCCACUCACUACCAUAACAAACCAUUGGUUAUUUCCUUAAAUGGACCCAGUGGAGUUGGUAAGAGCCACAUGGGCAGACUCUUGGCCAAGCACUUCCGUUCAGUCAUGGACAAUGGUUUUGUCCUUCAAUAUUACGUGAUGCACAACUGCCCAAAAGAUGAGAACGUUGUAAACUGUCAAAAAGAGCUUUCUUCUAUGAUAUCAGACAUGGUAACCAGGGCGGAGAUAGAAGAAAAGAUCCCAUUUUUUAUAUUUGAUGAGAUGGAGGUCAUGUCUUCAGUACUUCUGGAUGUGUUACAAGGAUAUUUUCAAGUAGAUCAGAGCAAUGAAUAUCUCAAUGCUGUCUACAUCCUUAUCAGCAACAUAGGGGGUAAUGAAAUUACAAAGUUUGUUCUGAAAAAUUCUUCAAGCAAUGUCUUUAAUUUCCAACUUGACCUUCACAACAUUGUACUCUCUUCACUGAGGAACCAUCAUUCACUGUGGGAUGUUGCAGAAAUUGUGCCGUUUACUCUAUUGGAGAAAAGCCAUAUUGUAAACUGUUUCUUAGAUGAAUUACUAAGGGAAGGAUUUUACCCGGACAAUAAUAAUAUAGAGAACCUGGCAGGACAGUUAAACUAUUAUACCAAGGAAGACAAACAAUACUCUAUAAGUGGAUGCAAGCAGGUUGUGUCCAAAGUCAAUCUUCUUCAUCCAUAUAUGUGAUCUCAGAUUCCAAGAGUAAUACAGUACAUUUUGCUGAGUAAUGUAUGUCCUGUACACCCAUUUUGUUUUUACAUGUCAAUAAAAUUAAAAUCAGUGUAAAAGGGCUAGAUUUGUCUUACAAAUAAACUCAAACCAAUGAAUAUUU